AUGGCUCUUCCUGUAAGGUGGCUUCCAUACCCCGACAAGCUGAGAUUCAAACUCCAAGACUCGACAUGGAAUGCUGAACUACGAAGAUACCUAGUCAACAAUGAGAUCGACGAAAUACACGCGCAACUACUUGAUGAGUACGACGGACAGGUGAUGGUAGCUUGGACGGAACACUUGGCAACAAUUGAAGCCUUGUUUAUUCAGCCGACAAUGCUCCAGGUGCUGAAGGAGAGCUUUAAGCAAGCGGUGCAAGAAUGGCUAGAUGGCGUCACUCAGCCAUACUACGUUGUACUUGCCGACAAGCCCCUGUAUUGGGACUUCAAAUCGAUGGUUGGGAAGGAAGUGGAAGCAGCUGUCACGCGGCUCCCAUCCGGACGAGCGUGUUUCGGAUCCGGUGCUCUUCACUCGGACUACGUCUUGGACGAGUGGAAUCUGGAACACGGCCAUUGCAAGUUGACGUCCAAAGUCGAUGAUUCACAAUGGCUGAUCGAGGAUUUAGAGGCGUGGCAGUUUCUUAAGCGUCAGGAUAUGCUGCAGCUUGUGUUGAACUGA